AUGGAUUUCACAAUUCAGUACUUUGAGAGGCGGCAAGCUGAGAACCCUCAAUUCUACUAUGCAAAAACAGUUGACAAGGAGACCAACUCUGUCACAGGACUCUUUUGGGUGGAUGGGAGGGCAAGGGCAUUGUACCCCAAGUACAAAGAUUGUAUCUUCUUUGAUACAACAUUUUGCACAAAUCGGUACAACAUGCCGUUCGCUCCGAUUGUUGGAGUGAACAACCACUUGCAAACGGUGUUGCUGGGUUGUGCAUUAAUGCCAAAUGAACAGAUUCAAAAUUUCAAGUGGGUGUUCCAGCAUUUUUUGCUUGCGAUGAACAAUGAACACCCAUUGAACAUCAUGACCGACCAGGACAAGGCCAUGGAAACUGCCAUAUCUCAAGCGCUGCCCAACACGGUGCAUAGAUGCUGCAAAUGGCACGUCCAACGAAAAGCGCGUGAGAAGUUGGGCUGGAUAAUGAGUAGGGAUGAGGUUUUUGAGCAAGCUUUCUACACUUGCAUCAAUGAUUCUGACACGGUUGAUGAAUUUGAAGAGAAUUGGCAGCACAUGAUACGUUGCUUCGACUUGGUUGACAAUAAGCAUCUAUGCAACAUGUGGAAGACUCGUGAAACUUGGGCUCCAACGUUCUUCCGGAAUUAUAAUUGUGGCUUCUAUGCAAUUCUUUUCUUGGAAAACUUCGAUGGUGUUGUCAUGAAGCAUUUUGAUGAGAGUUGCAUCCCAAACCUCCAGAAAAGUAUUGCAGCACAUCUUAUCAAGCAUCCCAGCAAUACCUUGGACCCUGCAGACCAGCUGAAGAAGUUGCUGGAACUUCGAUUGAAGAUCAAAGAUCAUUUUUCAUCAUCAACAUCUAGGGGGUGGAUGGAGUUCGUUCUUUGA